AUGCGCUGGGCCUCCACGCUGCUGGCUGCUGCGGCCACGGGUGCACUGGGCACGAACGCCUUUGAGACUUCGAUAUUCACGUUCCACGAUCGAAACCACCUCGCAGACAAAAUCCCUGGUCAACAAACCGUGUCGGAAGAUGUUGCUCGUCUGAUUUUGGAGCUUCGCAUGAAGUCACCCUUGGAGUCAAUGCUCGGGGAAGCUGAAACAGAUACCGUGGAUCGUCUCAAUCACUUUGCAGGUGGCCAAUCCUCACUUUUUGGGGGGCUUACUGAUCAGGAUGGCUCUAGUAGAAGCAUUCUCUUCUUGGAGGGGGUGGACCAAGAAAUAGGUUCGAGCCUACGGAGUGAUCAAUUUCGUAGCCUAUUUGUUCCAGGUGUCUUCUCGGAUUUCACAAACGAUGCGUCUCUAAACAACGACAAUGGAAAGCAUUGCCUGUAUCACAAGUCACAGAACUCACCGUCUAUUCAAGAGUGUCUUGCGAACGACCCUGUUCUUUCUCAUGGCCGUGGCUUGUUGAACCGUGACAUAAUUGACCUGGUGGAUUCGAUGGAAACAUCCAUGAGCGAUGAUACACGAUUGUCUGUUUCGAGAUUGGUGAUCAAGGCGACCUCGCGCGAGAAUGCACUCCUUACCAAGUACCUGCAGUCUACCUUCCAAAGCCUGGACAAGAGAGCCAAGUCCAUCAACACGGAGAUUACUGUUGUACUUGUCCCUGCUAUCGAUCAUUCUCAGGGCUCCACCCGAACACUACGACGCACCCUAGAGAACCGAUCUCGCCACUCAGUUUCCGAUUCGAACACGAGGCCUUUGGUUGAGAGAUCGGCGCAGAGUCUCUCGCUAUCUUUAAACCUUGCACCCGUAUGCCACGCCUCUAACUCCUCUUGUGCCGAAGCAACAAAUGACUGCUCCGGGCAUGGAUCCUGCUUUUUGAAGUACGGGUCUGGUAGCGAGGGAGCUACCGGGAAUUGCUACGCCUGCCGAUGCCGACAGACUGUAGUGAAAAAGAGUGAUGGCUCUACCAAGAAGAUACAGUGGGGUGGAGUAGCAUGUCAGAAGGAAGAUAUCAGCUCUCCUUUCUUCCUCAUCGCCGGUGUUACUGUUUUGGUAGUCAUCCUGGCGGGCAGUGCCGUCGGCAUGCUCUUUAGCAUGGGCCAAGAAGAGCUGCCAAGUGUCAUCGGGGCUGGAGUGGGCACCUCCAAACCACAGUCCUAA